AUGGCCGCAGACGUUACAACAACACAGACUGACCCCAACACGCGCCUUACUGACACUCUCUGUACCAGUCUGCGCCGGCGGCAAAUUGUGGGGUCUCUCAAUGUCGCGCUUGCCACCGCUGCUCUCGUCCAGAGCAUCGUGCGAAGCGCGAAAUACAGCACCAUUGAUGAGCUUUUGGCGUUGAUCAAGUCGGUCGGUAGAAAGCUCAUCGAAGCCAACCCGAAAGAACUCGCCGCUGCAAACAUUAUCCGCCGUAUCCUUCGUCUCAUCCGCGAAGAGUACCGUGCCGCCGCCGCCCGCCAAAUCGACUCUGCCCCCAACUCUAUCCCCUCCACCCCUUUCAUGGGCCCUUCCACCCCGGGCCUCAACGCUCCCCUCGACCACUACCUCAACGCUUCCAAUGGCGGGCAAUACUUUCCCAGCACUCAAGCCUCCCGUCAAACGUCUCUAUCCAACUUUGUCGCCAUGCGCCAUUCGAGAGCGCAGAUGGAGAAAAGCGGAGCGGAGGGGUAUUCGGCGAAUACUGUGAACCUGUUUGCGAGCCCUGGGGGUCCUGUGAGGUCGUCUUCUGGCUCUGGGUCACCGGCGCAGGCGUCAAGGGUGGACAGUGACGAGUUUAUGAAACACAGUGCCAAGCUCAAGCCGUUGCUUGUGCAGGCUAUCGACGAAGUUGUCGGGGAACUGGAGACGACCCAUGAAGACGUUGCCAAAGGCGCCAGGGAGCACAUCCACUCUUCUGAGAUCAUCUUGACCAUGGGCCACUCAAGAACAGUCGAAUUCUUCCUCAAACAAGCCUACAAAGACCGCAAAUUCACCGUCGUCGUCGCCGAAUCCGCCCCCUCCUACCUCGGCCACUCUCUCGCCUCCUCCCUCUCUUCCUCCGGUAUCCCCACUCUCCUCAUCCCGGAUUCCUCCAUCCAUGCCCUCCUCCCUCGAGUCACCAAAGUCAUCCUUGGCGCGCACUCUGUACUCGCCAAUGGCGGGCUGUUUGCGCUCUCUGGUUCCCUUGGAUGUGCGCUGGCGGCAAAGGAACAUGCAAAGCCGGUGGUGGUACCCACGGGGCAGUUCAAGUUCGCGCCGGCUUGGAAUUUGUACCACGAGUAUGGGGCUGUAGAUUUCCAGGGGCCGGGGGCUGUGAUUGGGGAGCUCGGGAAGGGCGGUGGUGGUGGUACGGAGGGUGUGGAGGUUGUCAAUCCUUAUUAUGAUUAUAUCAGGCCGGAGCUGAUCAACUUGUUUGUUACCAAUGAGGGUGACCAUCCGCCGUCUUACAUCUACCGGUUGAUGAAGGAGGCGUACGAUGACGAGGAUGUCGAGCUCUAG